ACCUUGCAUUAUCGAUAGCUACGAUUUUGGCGCGGCGGGUUGUGUGUUACAUUCUACCCUCGAACAUCCUCUGUGUUCGCCGCCAAGAAUUUCAUUGAUCCAUCGACUAAAAGCUUUUGCGUGUUUGCGUGGUUCCGAAGCAACGAGUCAAUUCAAGUCCAGUCCAAUCUAGUGUUUCUGCAGCUGUUUUCUCCCUACGGUGGCCGGAAGUUAGGGUUUCCGGUGUAGCUUGAAGCUGCUCCGCUUCCAACCCGGUAUUCUCUUCUCUUCUGGAUAUUCAUCAGGUAUUUUUUUUCAAUGUUUGAGGAAAGAGAAUGAUCAUUUGUUCAUCGGUCACUGCUCGGUUUUUUGAAGCUAUUCAAUGAGCUGAGAGAGUUAGACCAUGGCAAGACAGCUGCCCCAGAAUCAUCUUGAGAAUGGCAUUCCAGGAACUACACCUAGUCAUUGUGUGCAGGAAGAGCAUCUGAUCUCUGCACGCAAAUGGUAUUUCUCCAGACAGGAAAUUGAAAAUCAUUCUCCAUCCAGGAAGGAUGGAGUUGAUUUCAAGAAAGAGUCUCAACUGCGGAAGUCAUAUUGCUCGUUUCUUCAGGAGCUUGGCAUGAAGCUGAAAGUGCCUCAAGUAACAAUUGCAAGUGCCAUGAUGGUAUGCCACCGGUUCUAUAUGUGUCAGUCCCAUGCUAAAAGUGACUGGCAGACAAUCGGAACAGCAGGUAUCUUUCUUGCCUGUAAGAUUGAAGAGACACCACGGUUUCUGAAUGAUGUCGUCGUUGUGGCUUUUGAGUUGAUAUUCAAACGGGAUCCUUCUGCCUCUAAAAGAAUUAGACAAAAAGAAGUUUUCAACAAACAAAAGGAAUUAGUCUUGAUUAGUGAGAGGCUUAUAUUGUCAACACUUGCAUUUGAUGUUGACAUUCAGCUUCCCUACAAGCCACUUGUUGCUACUUUAAAAAAAUUGGGAAUGGCUGCGGAUCUUGGGAAGGUGGCUUGGAAUUUUGUAAAUGAUUGGCUUUAUACAACACUGUGCUUGGAGUACAAACCCCAUUAUAUCGCUGCAGGUUCGAUAUUCCUUGCUUCCAAAUUUCAAAAAGUAAAAUUGCCUUCAAACGAGGGAAAGGCUUGGUGGAUGGAGUUUGAUGUUUCGCCAAAACAGUUACAAGAGGUUAUACACCAAAUGUUGAAGUUAUUCGAGAAAGAUAGAAAACAAAGCCUACCACCUUCAAAAGAGAAGAAUCAUAAGCCAGAAGCUUUAGAUGGACAGACAAGAGUUGAUAGCUCCCAAUCAUGUAUAUCAAGCGUGACGAUUUCUGAUCAUCUCGAUAGUCACGAAGCUAUUAGGGAGGCCAGUCACUGCAACAAGUCUGUAACGCCUAGUCGUUGCCACAAUCAGCAAAAUGUGAAUUACCGCAUUAGUCCUGUGGAAGUUUUACCCUGCCAAACAAGCGAUACUGGGAGUUCAAGUAGUGCCAUUGACAAUGGUGAUACUGGGAUUUGUCAGAAUACUGAAGAAAAUUAUCCUGAUCAGAUCAAACAGUCAAAAACUGUUCCUAUUUCUAUGUCUAAGGACUACAAAAAGAUAAACUUAUGUCAAAUCAGAGAGGCAAUAAAGAGAAGACGACUCUGUAGAACUACAAGCACAACGGAGGUACAGCCGAUGAGCUCGGACGUUGACGGCGAAGCAUGGAUAGAAAAGGAGCUGGAACAGGGAAUAGAGCUAGAAUAUGAAUCCUCAUUGAAGAAGAGACAAAAGACAUCAUGAAGUUGGGAAUGCAAUUCUACUUACUGAUACAGCAUCGUUUUUUUGUCAGAGCUUUUGAUUGAAUCCAAGAAUUCUUCAAACUGUAAGUAUUAAGAGGGCAUUUUCAGCUGAUUAUUCAUUCUUUUGAUAGUUUUUUUCCCCCCAUUCUCUUAUGUAGUCUAAUAACGUACCGAUACAUUUGUGUCACUCUCUCAUUAAUAGUAAGUGUACAUUUUUACGUCGAAGUAAAUUUAUAUCACAACUUUCUAUUUGUUCUUCA